UUCCUGUGACGAUUAUCUCUGACAUACCGCUUUCAAAAAUACAUCAACAACAUACCGGCUUUGUCACACUGAUCAAUGGCAGGUGAAUGAUUUUAAUCCAAGUUAGGGAGACAUAAGGCUGCAAGAGUGGAGUUAAACAUUUAACACAACAUUGCCACCUGGUGGUGAAAGCACGUCAUCAGAGCAGCCUGCAGCACAGCCGCCAAGUGCAUGUUUUCACUGGCGGCCAUGUUAGCCCCACAGUCACAAAUACAGAAUAGCCUUUAUUGUCGUGAAUAUGGGAAUUCCCCAUAUACAAUAUUUUACAUUUUGAGUGUCUAGAAAAUGCUCAAAACACAAACAAACGUAAGGCUUGGAAAUCAGAUACACACACCCAAAAUGAACAUUUUAAUUUUACCUGGAUUUCCGGGGUUGUAAUUGAAGCCUUUUGUAUUUCACAUAAAUAUAUUUUCAGAAUUUGUGAAAGCCGUUAAUGGUGAUACGUCUGAGCUGUUGUCUUGGCCAAGACAGCUCUUAAAAUACAUUUUAAAUCUCAAUAGGACUAUACUAGAUAAUGUUAAAUAUGUUUAUUUACUAAUGGGUGUUGUGUUAUUCAUUGUGUUAUUUUCUAAAUUAAAUUCCUGUGUAAUCAUUCACAUGAUCUGUUAUUCCGAUUUCAUUUAAAAAAAACAAUACCAGCACGAAGAUUAUAGCAAUAUCCUUGUAACCAAUGUCCAGGUUGUCUUCAUCUAACUUCCACUACAGUUCCCACAAUGCCCCAUCAGCCGACCCCGUGAGCGACGCCUGCAGAGAUCUUCAUAGAUGUAUAAACAAUGCAGCUAGGCUGACUCGUUUCGCAAAGAAGCAAAAAGGGACAUCCAGAUGGUUGUUAGAGCUGCUGAGAGGAGGAGCCUUCCCACAACGUAACCGCAGUUUACGUUUGGCUUAAAGGAGACGCAACAAAGCGCACAAAAUGGCUGUGCGCCGAGCCCGGGCGAAUAACCCACAGAGCUCAGGGCGGGUGUUGAGAGACCGAUCAACGAGGGCAGUACCGGCCUGGCUAAAGGACACCAAGAGUGAAGACGAAGACGAACCGAGCCCGGACACCGGCGCGACGAAGCGGAGGAAAGUUUCCAACGCGAGGCGGAAGAAGCCGUCCGAAUGUGCCGAGGCUGGAGGGGGGGUCGCAGAUGACAGCCUUCAAGGCACAAACUCAGGGGACCCCAAGAAACCUGCCACAGAUGCUCAAGCUCUACACUCCAGACGCCCCCCGAGCCGCGCCAAGGCCCCCUCCGGAAGGGCUGUCCGCGGUUCUGCCAAGCCUGUGUGCAAGACCGAACCCGGAAUGGAGAAUCCAGCUGCAGAGAAAGUAGCGGUAGAAAACAAAGACAACUAUGAAAUCCAAAAGAAAGAGGAGGGAAGUGAGGACGUCCCUGAGACGGUCUUGGAUGAUGAAGACGACCCUCCAUUCGGGGAUGACCUGAAUGACCUCAGCUACCAGCCACAGAGUCCGAGCGGUGCGGAGGAAGAAGAAGGUCUCUGCAGUGAUGAAGAUCUCCCUUUUACAGAUGACCUAAAUGACCGAAGCUACGAUCCCGACGCCGAGCGGGAUGUGCAAAAACCAAAGCGAAGAGCUCCACCGAGAGCAAAGGAGAGGAAAGAGAAAGAGAGGGCGCUUAAAAGCGAGAAGGAGGUGGCUGAGGUAAAGAUUGAGGGUUUGGACAACGUGGAGAGUCUGGACGAGGAAGUGAAGCUCGAGGACGAACCAGUAGACGACCCGGAUGGACCCAGGAAGAGAGGCAGGCGGAAAAAAGACGACAAAACCCCACGGCUGCCAAAGAGGAGGAAGAAGCCACCGGUGCAGUACGUGCGCUGUGAGAUGGAAGGAUGCGGGACAGUCCUGGCUCAUCCUCGGUACCUGCAGCACCACAUUAAGUAUCAGCACCUGCUCAAGAAGAAAUACGUGUGUCCUCACCCCUCUUGUGGACGGCUUUUCCGUCUGCAGAAGCAGCUGCUACGUCAUGCAAAACACCACACAGACCAGCGGGACUACAUUUGUGAGUUCUGUGCACGUGCCUUCAAAAGCUCCCACAACCUGGCUGUUCACCGCAUGAUUCACACGGGAGAAAAGCCGCUGCAGUGUGAGAUCUGUGGCUUCACGUGCCGCCAGAAGGCGUCACUCAACUGGCACAUGAAGAAGCACGACGCUGACGCCACUUAUCAGUUCGCCUGCUCCAUUUGUGGCAAGAAGUUUGAGAAAAAAGACUGCGUGGUGGCCCACAAGGCCAAGAGUCACCCCGAGGUGCUGAUUGCAGAGGCUCUGGCGGCCAAUGCUGGCGCCCUCCUCACAACCCCUGCGUCCCUGCUGGAGUUGCAGGGAAACCCUGUGCAAGCGGAGGCCGCCAGCCUGGAUGUGCACCCAAUUGGGCAGGAGGGGCAAGUGGACCAGCUUAGCCGACAGGUGAGUCACCAGGUGGUUUUACUGGGACAAGACCAGAGCCUCCAUACCAUGCAGGUGCCAGUGACGAUUGCCCUGUCCGCCAUGAACCCGCCUUUGCCAGCCGAGAACCAUCAGCAGACCCACCUCCAGCUCCAGAUGCCGGUCCAGUUUGUGCAUCCCGCUCAGCACCCCCAGAUCCAACAGCUGACGCUCCACCCUGGCCAGGUGGUUACCCCGCAUCAACCCCAGCUGCACCCUCUGCAGUCGUACUCCUCCCAGCAGCAGGGCCCGGGGCAGACCCAAAUCCUACAAAUGACCUUCCAGCCGGUCAGCCAGGCUCAGACGCACAUUCAGCAAAUCCCCAUUCAAUCGACAGCGCAGCAGCUUCAGACCCUUGAUGCGGCCGCUGUGAGCUCGCCUCUCCUGGCCCCGCCCCCGCCCCAGGACCCGGCCUCCAGUAACGGGGACAGCUUUAUUCUGGACAAUGCGGUGCUCUCGUCGUCCUCUCCAUCAGCCAGCUCCCUCGCACAGACUGAAGUAAUGGGGGGCGACAGCGUGGUCUGGGGACAGGAGGGACGCAAGGACGUUCUGUCAGACAGCGUCGAAAGACAGUCCCUCAUGUAAAAGGACAGCGAACCCCAAAACAGCUGGUAGAAGGUUGUCACCAGUGAUCUGAUAUGCCGCAUUGCAUUGUUUUUAAGUAAAUGUAAGAUCAGUAUUUCCCCUAUUUCUAAUUUCAGAGGGACAUGGUAGGGGAACCACUGAAGAUUAUGUAUUACGCACUAUUCACUCGGACAUAUUUGGUAGCUUUUUAGAACAUCUGUAUCAGGGAGCUGUGUGUGUAAGCUGUUAUCUUUGUACAUAAGUCUGGUAAACUGAACUAGCUUUUCAUGUGAGUGUGUUUAACGAUGCAGAGGUUGUUAUAAUGUAAUGUAAUAAUAUUGCAUAAUUAUACAGUGCACAUCUAGUGUGUUCCUAAUAAAAUAAAUUAGCUCUAUUCAUCUCACAAAUUAACAGACGACAUUAGUGAGGUGAGACAAUGGUUUAAAAAAAAAAAAACUGGGCAGCUAUGUUUCAGUUAA